UACUCCCUUCUUCCUCAGGUCACUCAACUCCAUUCACCUGCUCUUCUAAAACAAACCAUAUUUUUGAACUUCAACGAGUAUACACAAAUACCUUUCAACAGUCUUCUUAACCAUACUAAAAAACUCAAUUAUGGCAUCAACCGCACCACCAGCUAUUACCAUGGGCUCCUCCAUAUCUAUUGGUAGGCCUAGCAGAAAGCCCAACGUCACUUGCUCUCUCCAAACUCCUUCCAUUCUCCAUUUCCCUAAACAAUCCACUAGAACUGCUACUUACCCACCAUCUUCUGCUAUUUCCACUUCCACUACAUCAAAUCCAAUAAACAAAUCCUCUUCUACUGAUAUAUCAGUACCGCCAGAAUGGAAUCUUUUACAGAAAGCUGCUUCCAUGGUGUUAGAUAAAGUGGAAAAUGUUUUGGUUUCACACGAACGUAAAUACCCUCUUCCUAAAACAGCGGACCCAACUGUUCAAAUUUCCGGUAACUUCGCUCCCGUGCCGGAACAACCUGUUGUACGCGAUUUACCGGUCACCGGUAAAAUCCCAGAUAGCAUUCGAGGUGUCUAUCUACGCAACGGCGCAAACCCACUUCACGAACCGGUGACUGGUCACCACUUCUUCGAUGGCGACGGCAUGGUCCAUGCUGUCCGGUUCGAAGAGGGUUCAGUAAGCUAUGCUUGCCGGUUUACGGAGACAAACCGUUUGGUUCAAGAGCGAAAAUUGGGACGUCCAAUUUUCCCAAAGGCCAUAGGUGAGCUCCAUGGGCAUUCUGGAAUUGCUAGGCUAUUGCUUUUUUAUGCCCGUGGUAUUUUUGAUAUUGUUGACCCGAGCCAUGGACUUGGUGUUGCCAACGCCGGGUUAGUUUACUUUAAUGGUCGUCUUCUAGCUAUGUCAGAAGAUGAUUUGCCUUACCAUGUCCGUGUUCUUCCUUGUGGAGACCUGAAAACUGUUGGGCGUUACAAUUUCAAUGGCCAACUAAAGAGUACAAUGAUUGCUCAUCCAAAAGUUGACCCAUUUUCUGGUGAAUUGUUUGCUCUUAGUUAUGAUGUUGUACAAAAACCAUAUCUGAAGUAUUUCAGAUUUUCCCCAAUCGGUACCAAGUCUAAAGAUGUUGAAAUCUCUCUUGAUGAGCCAACAAUGAUCCAUGAUUUUGCCAUUACUGAGAAAUUUGUUGUUAUUCCUGAUCAACAAUUGGUCUUCAAGUUACCAGAAAUGAUUCGCGGUGGCUCUCCAGUAAUCUACGACGAGAAUAAGAUAUCAAGAUUUGGUAUUCUUGACAAGAAAGCAAAUGACUCUUCAAAGAUUAGGUGGAUAGAAGCACCUGAUUGCUUCUGUUUCCAUCUUUGGAAUGCAUGGGAAGAGCCAGAGAGUGAUGAGAUUGUGGUGAUUGGAUCUUGUAUGACUCCUCCAGAUUCCAUUUUCAACGAAUGUGAUGAGAGUUUAAAGAGUGUUUUAUCAGAAAUAAGGCUAAAUUUGAAAACUGGGAAGUCCAUUCGCAGGCCUAUCAUUUCUGAUAAACAUCAAGUAAACUUAGAAGCAGGCAUGGUAAACAGGAAUCUUCUGGGAAGAAAAACCCAGUUCGCUUAUCUAGCUCUUGCAGAGCCAUGGCCAAAAGUGUCUGGAUUUGCCAAAGUUGAUCUCUCAACUGGAGAGACAAAGAAGUAUAUCUAUGGAGACAAUAAAUAUGGAGGGGAGCCUCUGUUUCUUCCUGAUUCUAAUUCGGGAAAAGAAGAUGAUGGGUUUAUUUUAUGUUUUGUGCAUGAUGAGAAAGAGUGGAAAUCAGAGCUACAAAUUGUGAAUGCCAAGAAUUUGCAGCUAGAAGCAACAGUUAAGCUUCCUUCUCGAGUUCCUUAUGGUUUUCAUGGCACUUUUAUUACUGCUAAGGAUUUGGAGAAGCAAGCCUAGCUCAACUGCCUUAUGGGUAGGUGAUGAGGUAGUUGAGCCGCUAAUAUAAUGUAAUCAAAGCGCAUUGCUAGUGCAAAUUUGAUUACAUUACUGUAUGUUUAGUUUUACUGGAGGAGAUUGCCAGAGGGAUUGCUUGCAGAUAUGUCCCCGGAGCUCCUCUGUUGAAGUGGUUAUGUUUAUUAUUUUGGAUUAAUGCCCUUUAGAGUGAGACGUUUUGAGGGAUCAGCUUGUAGCUUUUGGGUAUAGCUUAGAUUGAAGCUCAGCUGGUCUUUGCUUAUUCUUUCACUCCAUUUAUGUGCCCGUGUAGUUACAAGAGUACAUGUAAAGUGAUCCUCUGUUAUUCCAUGUAUUUACUUUGCUCUGAUUUGUAAUUAUUGUUUAUUUGUUUAAUAUACAUACAUAUAUAUAUCUGUUAUUCCA